UUCCGGUAAGGUUACGAAGCGAAGAAAAACAUGGGGAAAUAUUAUUGUUGUGUCACGAAAUGUCACAAUUUUAGUGGCAGGGUUGGUUCAUUUGGAAGGCAAGUAACUUUACAUAAACUUCCUAAAGAAGUGUACACAAGACGUGCGUGGAUUCGCUUGAUCAGUAGAAAAAACUGGAAGCCAACUAGUUAUACUCGUGUGUGCUCAGAUCAUUUCAAAGAUGGUGUCGGGCCAACUUCCCAGGACAGAAAUAAAAUACCGAGCGAAAACUUGCCUCAAAAACAGAAAAAGAUCCUCGUAAGAAGAGAUCCACCCAAGAGAACAUGCAGUGGCCCAGAACGUGUAGACACUUUAGUUAAUACCACAGGCAAAGCAGGGAUAUUGCAUCACCAUUCGUAUUCUGCUAGUGAAUUGGUUGAUUUGAUGGCACAUGAAGAACCCAGUGGACCAGGAAAUAUGUCCAAAGAGACCCAAACCUUUUCACAGUCCUUAGUGUCUGUUGGAAUAGAUACCAACCUACCGGAGAUUACGAUUGAGUCUAUACAACAUUCUAAUGAGUUGAUGAUGUUUUACACAGGAAUGACUGACAGUGAUACUUUUUUCGCAUUAUUUUAUUCGCUUAUGGAACAAGGAGCCGACAAGCUGUCAACAGAGGUUUUGGGCACAAUGAAUAACAAUAAGUUAGGUCGUAAAAGAAAACUGAGAAGGGUAGAUGAAUUUUUGUUAGUGAUGAUGAGACUUAGAUUAGGAUUACUGUUAAAAGAUCUUGAAUUCCGUUUUAAACUGUCUUCAAGUGCUGUGUCAAAAAUUUUCAAUUCCUGGAUACUUUUUAUGUAUGAGUGCAUGCAAUCUCUUGUUUUUUUGCCAGAGCUUGAAGUUUUGAAGCUACAUGUUCCUAAAUGUUUCAAAAAUUUUUCAGACACACGUGUAGUUUUAGACUGCACUGAGAUUUUCAUCCAGAGUCCAUCUUCUUUAGAAAACAAGUCCCUGACUUUUUCUAAUUACAAAUCACACGACACAUUCAAAGCAUUGGUUGGAGUAAGUAUGACAGGGGUUGUAGUUUUUAUUUCAAAACUCUGGCCAGGAUCAGCUUCUGAUGUUGAAAUUACUAGAAAUUGUGGUUUGAUACAUCUUCUUAUGAGAGGAGAUGCAGUCAUGGUUGACAAAGGUUUUAUUCAUAUAGCUAAAGAUUUCAAAUGUAAAGGUGUUAAACUUUAUUGUCCGCCUUUUAAAUCAGAACUCCAGUUUAGUAGGGGUGAAGUAGAAACUACUCGUAGAAUAGCUUCAGCGAGAAUUCAUGUAGAACGCAAGAUGGAACAGAUAAAGAAUUUUAGAAUUUUACAGGGUAUUAUGCCUUGAGCAAUAAGUGACUUUGCUGACCAAAUAUUCUUUGUGUGUACUGCUCUUACCAACCUUCUACCACCCCUGGUGUCUGAAUAAAUUACUGGUACUUACGCUUUGUCAG